AUGUCCUCAACCACAGAUGCCAUUGUGAGCGCAAUCAUCUCCAACAACGCGGGGGAGCAACUACAUGCCUAUCAGCACGGUGAUGCUAAGGGAAGCGAUGCUACGGACGAGAAGGAGUAUCUGAAGGCCCUGAGUGUGUCGUUAAAUGAAUCGCAGACAGCGGUCAAUCAGCUGUUGAGUGAUAUGAUCGCUGCAGAGCCCAAGAAAGACCCGCCCGCCAAAAGGACAGUCGACAGCAAAAAGAGCGAUGCGAGGGGGAAGGAGAAG